AUGCUGGCCACUGCUUUACGCUCGCUGAUUCUGGUGGAGUGCGAAGGUUCCGAUGGGUCUGCGGGGCACGAUGCCAGCCCGGCCAUCGUGGCGGAGUUCCCGUUGGAGGGCCUUGCCACCAGCCUGGGCUGGGACGUUCUCAGCCAGCGGAUUGUGGUGGCAGUGAGCGGCGCAGCUUCAGAUCGACUUUGCUUCUGCGAUGCUGGAGAGGAGUCCGUGGAGGAGGUGCCGCUGCCCGCCGGGGCGCAGGCCAUGGCGCUGAGCUUCUUCGCGGAUCCGGAGCGGCGCAAGAGCUGGGCGGCCGUGGCCUGCUCCGACGGGGCCCUGCGCCUGGUGGACGCCUCCCCCAUGCGCACCGCCUCGGUGGUGAGGAGCUGCUACUCCCACGGCGUGGCGGCCACGGCUGUGGCCAUCUCCCGGGAUGGCAAGUCCUUGGCUUCGGGUAGCUCGAGCGGCCACGUGGUGCUGCAACCAUUCCAUGGCGGCGGCCCCACUCCUUUGCCAGGCCUCCUGGAAGCGGAUGAAGCAGGCAUCGAGGCGCUGUGCUACUCCUCGCUUCGCCAGGAGAUCCUGGCAUCGAGUGAUCAGCUGGGAAACCUGCAGGUGUGGGAUGCGCAGGCGCUGCGCCACAGCUGCCGCUUUCUGGGGGCGCACAGAGGGUCUGUGCGCGGCUUGUCCUUUUCCACCCAGAACAGCGACCUGCUCAUCUCCGGGGGGGAUGAUGCCGAGCUCAUCUUCUGGGAUGUGAAGAAUUCGAAGCAAAUCCAGCAGGUAUCCGUUGAAAGCGGCAUUACCUCUCUCUCCUACCAUUCAGGGGGCUACUUGCUCGCCAGCGGCAUGGAGGAUGGCGCCGUGCUGAUCUUCGACCUACGUGGUCUCCAAGAAGCAGCCUGCGGAGCCCUUGCAACGCUUCACUGCACAUGA